AUGCAUAUCCCCGACUCUACAUGCACCGACGUCAUGACUGACCUUUUAAACCAGGAGGUUGCCGCCUCCGUCUCACUAGCUUUAUGGAUGGCCUCCUCCGAGGUAGACCAGAAAGCCCUAGGCAACUUCGCCGCCGCAAUGGCCCUUGAAAAUCCCCUCCUCUCAACAAUGCUCUACAAAGUUCUCGGCCUAUCAGUAAUGCUAUCCAAGAAACUUCUCCGGGCCCGCCGUCUCCGCCGCCUAGAUCCAACCCGAGAAACAAAAUCCCUACACCUAUACCACCACAUAAUCUGGCUCUCCCGCGAAGGCCUCUUCCUACUAGAAGGCUACAUCCUCCCACUAGUAGCACCCUACGUCGAGCUAAAAGUGCUCUCGUAUAAACUCCGCGCAUCAUUCUAUCAUAUCUUUGUGCUUUUUCAUAAUCGCCCAAUCAUCCAAGCACAGGAUACCAAUCCACCUCCAAAUUUAAAACAUGAAUCUAUUUACGGCGUAGAUUCAUUAACUGCCUUUCGGACUCUGGAUCCACAAUCACAAAUGGCACUCGCACAAUCAAAAACAGGCCAUCCCCCAGGUCUGGCGCCCGUUCAACUUCAACCCGUUCAACCUAUCUCGUCAUUCCUUCUCCCACCACUAGACUACACAACAACCGCAACAGCAUGCUUCAACCACGCCUCAUUACUAGCAGAUCAACUUCUCCCCGGCAGCCAUCCUUUACGUCUCUCUGUAAAGCUCGAAUACGCCGCAUACCUAUACGACUGUCUCCAAGAUCCAAUAUCAUGUCGUCGUCUCGCCAAGCGUGCAAUCGCAGAUGUCUAUAAUGCCCAAGAGGGAAUGGACGAUGAGAGCUUUGAAGACGCAGCUGAGAUCGUCGGCGUACUAGGGAAAAUGGUGAAACGGGGCGGUAAGCCCGGGAGUAGUACUGCAGCAAGCUCGUUUUCCCGUGGAGACAGGUCUCACACUGGCAGUCAGAGUCGAAGUAGUCCUUCUCAUUUGGAUACGAGUGUUCCUACGACUGCUUCGCCUGUUCCGGUUACGAAGACGACGCCUAAUAUUUCUUCUGUGGCGGUUGAGCCUGCGAUUCCGAAUGUUACUAUGAUGAAUCCGAUUUGA